UUGCUUCAUUCCAGAGAACUUGCAUCGAUCUUAUGGCGAGACGCAGAAUUCUCGGCUGACAAAUACGUGUUUGUGGUCGAUCGUGCCCAGAGUAGGCAUUUUGAGUUUUUGAAAUGUUUGCUGAACAUUUGCGGUAAAGAAGAGUUAGCGAACAAAAUUGAGCACGUUUCGUUUGGUCGAGUCAAAGGAUUAUCAACAAGGCUAAAGACCAGGAAAUUCUGUUCCGAUUUGAGCUGCGUGUUUAUGCUUCAGUUAGCCAUGAUUUGCCGGUCAAUUGAAUCCACUUCAAAAGAUAAUCCAGAACCAUUGUUGAGGAAGGGACGAACUGAAGCUGUUGAUGAAAUCAUUCAGCACGGUUGCCAUGAUGCUGCGAAGUUCGUCCGAAAUUCUCAAACAAUAAAAAUUGAUGAAUCCGAAAUAGACGAUGUUGCGAUGAAUUUAUCACUGUCAACUGUGAUCGUGAACGAUUUGAAACGUUCUCGUACCUCUGAAUAUGUGUUCACUUUCAAGAACGCAUUCCGAAUGAACAGUCAAGGAAAUGCGUUGUUGUUACAGACGAAACAUAGUCGUUUGAGGUCGUUGGAAGAACGAAAUGAUGAUUUGCUUCGUGAACUUGACAACCUCUCAAAAACCGACGAUUCUUCUGGUCCUUGCGGAAUUUCCAGUGGAAUCGAUAACUUUGAUCUUGAGCUUGACUUGAAUUCUUCGGCAGAAGCCGACCGUCUUGUCGCGCAUUUAUGGAAAUUGGACGAUGCUUUACUGAACAGUCUGCAAAAAGCUGACGCAUGCCAUUUGACUGUGUAUCUGUUGAAGUUGGCAAAUCUAACGGGCAGUGCCUCAGCUUCACUACGUGUUCUCGGUGAGGCAGACCAUACACGAGCGUUGUCACGUUUACUUUUGUUAUCAGCCUCAAGAUCGGUACUGUCACAGGGAAUGCAGUUGAUCGGUGUGGAACCUCUUAAGAAAAUGUGA